AUGACGUCUAAAACUAAGAAGAUUCAAAAGACUAUAGAGCGGCAGCAAGAGCGAAUAGCAGCCGGAGACUACUAUGAAGCGCACCAGCAACUCAGAACCAUCUCAGCUCGCUAUGUGAAAAGUCAGGAUUGGGAUAGCGCUCUCGAUGUUUUACACGGUGGAGCAUUAGCACUUCUCAAGGCUGGGCAGGGUGGAAGUGGCGGCGAUUUAACGAGAGCGCUCGUCGAUGUGCUAGAAAAGAGUGAGAAGACCGCGGAUAGCACGAACAAAGAAAAGCUGUUGUCAUUGCUACGGGCAUUUCCGCCAAACGAGCCUACGAAAAAGCAAUUCGUGACGGAGAUGAUACAAUGGAGUGCAAAGGUUGGAGAGUAUCCAGCAGGGGACCCAGAGCUACAUCACGUUGCUGGUCUGUUGUAUGCUGAAGAAGCGGAGCCAUAUGAUGCGGAACGACAUCUUGCCCUCGGCACUAGAGACUCCCCUGAAGUCCUCGCUCGCGUCGAAUAUGACUGGUACACACAAGACGACUCUCACACAGCCGCCCUUUACUGUGCGCGUUGCAUCUUUCCCUAUCUCCUGACUAGCAACCUUCGCUCUGCAAACAAAGCAUACCUCAUCUUUACAUCCCGCCUCUCCUCCUCAAAUAAAGCACUCAUGGUGCAAGAAGUUUCAAGCACAUCCUCCGACAUGCGAGUCUACCCCUCCUUACCCCUCCUGAACUUUCUAGGCUUGCUACUCCUCGCAGUCCAGCGAGGAAGCGCCGAUCUUUUCAAGCAACUAGCAAAACACUAUACGUCAUAUGUGAAGGAAGUGGCAGGUUGGAAUGACGCGCUUGCACAAAUUGGCGAGAUGUAUUUUGGGAUCAAGAUCCCGAGGCAGGGCAAUCCAUUAUUUGAUAUGAUGGGGAGCAUGAUGGGUUUUGGAGGCAGUUCGAAACCACAGGCAAAGAAGCGGGAACCUGUACAGCUGCCCCCAACUGAAGGGUUGGAUUGA